GUAAAUACCUCAUAAUUGAGGAUAAUGGAUGGCGAUGAAGAUCAGUUAAAAUUUAUCAAUGAAAAAGGGGUCGAUACAAUCAUUUUGUUGACUGUAUCGAUCUGCGGUCUCCUGUAUUUUGCAUAUACAAGGAAAAGAUUUGAGGAGGAAGUAUCUAAGUUGAGAAGUAAGAUAAGCAGCAAAGAUGAGGAGUUCAGUGAGAGAGCUGGCAGUCUGGAGAAGGAGCUGCAAUCUUUAAGAGAUCAGUUAGAGACACUACCGAAAGACAGGGAUAAGGCACUCAAAGAUAAAGAGGCAUUGUUAGAAGAGUUACAGACGCAGGUCCAACAACAGCAGCUAGAGCUGGACGGUCACUCGAAAGCUCGCAGGAAGUUAGAACGCAAGAAAACUUACUUGCUCGAACGAGUGUCCGGCUUCGAACAACAGCAGGAGGUUCAGAUUGGAAAGCAAGUAGACACGGGGGUUACACAGACAAUAGACCCUGCAUUGUGUAGUACUGAGGUUCAAACUGAUUUGGUAGAGAGAAAUGUGAAGGAAGUCCAAACAGAUUGCAGACAGGAAGAUACAAAAAAUGUACAAAAUGCUGUUACUCAAACAAAUGAAGGCAUGAUGGAAUAUGGAACAUCUGUUGACAUUGGUGUCAGAGAGCAAAGAACUGGUGUGGAAAAAGAACAUAACGAUACAGCAGUAAAGGAGCCUUGCCAAGAAACUUAUAAUGAGGAAGAUGAGGCAAUGGAACGUAAUAAAGCUAUUCAAGAGACAAGAUCAAUUGAAUUUAUGGACAUGAACAUAGGAAACGAUGAUUGUGCUGUUCACACAGACAAGUUUGAGAAUGAUACUAAUACGGAAAUACAUUUUUCCAAUAAAAUUGAAGCAAUUUCCAAGGACGAAUCUUUUGAACUAAAUCGGGAAGUUUCUGAAAUGCCCUCAAGUUUGGCAAAGUCAUAUGUCAGAUCAGUACCAGCAAAUGAUGCUAAUAAACAGUUCAAGACUUCACUAAAUGCAAAGAGCAAAACCAGUUAUCCCCCAGAAGGAACUACAGGUUUAAACGCAUCAGAUUUACAAGUAUCUGCCCCAUCUGUAGCAAGGCAGUCAUUAGUAACAGCUCCGAUUGACAAAGAUGCAGAUGGAAAAGCUAAGAUAGAGUAUAAAACUAAAAGUAAAAAACAAAUACAUUGGGACGGCUCAAACGCUAAUGUUAUAGCUCAACCGAAAUCUGACCUUGACAUGAAGGUUAAGGUCGAUGCAUGUUUGGAGCUGAUUGAUUAUCUGAAAUUAGAGAAGCCUCCUUCUGGUGUUGUAUUGGAUAAAUCUAAAAUCUCCUUAUCUCCAUCAAAAGAAUAUAGAUUAGGGCACGAGUUUGAGCGGACAGGGGACAUACUUGGAAAAGGGAACUCUGCAGGGGAUAUUGUGGUGGUUACAGAUAAAAAGACAGGCCAGGAACAUGCAUAUAAAACGAUGAUGAUCUCAUACUUUCGUAAAGAGGAGGUGAAAUGUUGGGAAGAUAUGUCAGAUUCGGGUUGUGUCCCUGGCCUGUACCUCUUCAAAAUAGAAAACAACAAGUUGCAUAUGCAUAUGGAGAUUUUAAGAAAUGCUAAAACUUUACGCAGUAUUUUGGACGAGCACAUGGCAGGAUUUUUCAACAGUGCGGAGAAUAGAUCUCUUUUAAAGCUGUUCUCAUUAUACGUCUUAGACGGGGCUCUCGAAGCUGUCACACAGAUGCUUAACAAGGGAUGGGUUCAUCGUGACUUACAUGGUUUUAAUUUUAUGGUACAGCUAACAGUGGUAGAGACACUUGGAGUUAAAGUUUUGGAUUUCGGCUUGGCUCAGAAAUUGGAAGGCUACAAAGGUUUAAAUCACCGAGGAUUUCAUGCCGAUAUUGGGGAGAUUGUCCGUCUGUUCAGUGCUUUAUACACUGGAGGGCUAGAAUUUGAUAAUGUGCUUGAUCUCCGGAAAAAUUGGAAAAACAAAUUGACAGAGGUUACAGAAAUGAUGAAUGUUGAUGAUAAGAAUGUAAUAUUUUGUCUCGUGGAUGCUGCUCUGAAAAUAGACCAUCCAAAUCAAGUGGAAGAAUAUAGACAACAAGUGAAGACAGAACUUGGAAAAGCAAUGGGAAACAAACAAUUAGAGAAAGAGAAAAUGAGGAAAAUUGUCGCCAUUUUGUUUCCUGAGGAUAUUCAACAAAAACAUCAGAGUGCUGUGAAUGUAGCAUUUUCUCCGACAUCUGUACCUGGUAAGAUGCAUUUGGAGAAAGCUAGUGAGAAGGAAAAACAGAGGAGAGAUAGUGCAGAUCUAGUUGAAGGUUCAGAACGUGACAAUCAGGUAGAUCACAACUCUUCUGCUCCAUCCGUCAGCAUACCCCCACCUGCAGUACCGCCACCACCGCCACCACCGCCACCACCACCACCACUACCUAAUCAGUUACAGAUUGAUGCAGUAAAGUCUCAGCAUAUUCGCCCUCUGAUUGGUCAGCAGAAUGCUAGUCUAGCGACCGUCUCAACAGCUUUACCUACAACCGGCAGACCGAUUGUUAAAGGCAAUGUAUCAGUGGCACCACCCAUGGUCACGCCCAGCUCUAAAGACAUGGGUCAGAGACCUAUAAUAGGAGGCAGUACUCCAGUUGAUUCAGCAGUGGACAUGGCUAAAUAUCUGCAGAGACAAAAUACAAGGGGUCAGACUUCCACCAUUCCAAUUCCUGGUAGUAGAAUGCCUACAGCCACAAGCCCUGGAGUUGACCUUCAGCCACCAGAACAGGGAACCAGUCCUGUUUACAGUCAUCAGAUGGUACCUGGCACGAGUAGAAGAGGUUACAAUGUCAAUGGCACAGCCUGUUGCCCACUAGCCCAGCAAGAUAUUGAGUUAGAUUCAGCAGACGCAAUGGGAGACUUUAAUGUUGCUGAUAAUAAAUUUCAGAGUAAUCACCAUGACUACAUGGAUCACCAAGGAGACAAUCAUGACCUUGACCUUGAGUGAACAGCCAAUCAGGUGACAGAUGAGUACUUGGAAAUGGUUAGAAUGACCUUGGGGAUUGACAUUCAUUAAAAAUCGGAAAAAAGAGGGUGAAACAAACAUUGUGAGGGAUGAUGUUAUUUUGUAUUUGUUUUUUUGUUUUUGUGUUUUGUUUCUAAGAACUUUCCUUUUGAAAGUGUUUUUUGUUGUCUUUAACAAAUGAGCUUUUAAGAUAUGUUUGUUACAUUUGAUUAUUUUUUCAUUACAUUGAACUGUACUAGUAUAGUAUUAAUGAUUUGAUUUGAUGGGAUUGUUUUUUAUUUGUGAAGUUAAAAUAUUGACAUUAUUUAUACAGUGAUUACUAAAAGAGGUUAGUGUUUUAUUAGGCAUUAUUUUGUAGACAUGAAUUUAUUUGAAAAAAUAUAGAAUGCCUUUUUAAUAUCCCUUUCAAAUUGGAGCUUGUUGUAAAUAGAGGUCAUUUCAUAUUUUGAGACAUUUUAAAUUUUAGAAAAUAAAGUAACCUUUCAUAUAAGUCCUGUGUUCAGACUUUUUUCCUUGCAAUAUAAAUUACCGGUAUUGUUUUAGAACUUGUUAAAGAUAUUUUAUAAUUG